UGCAUGAUGGUGCAUGAUGGGUUUCAAUUUUAUUAAUUGCUUCAGAUUGGGUAAUGGCAAUGCAACAACUAUAGCAGUUGAGCUACUGAGACAACUUAUUCGUAAGGUACCAUCUCAUUUUUUUGCUGAAUUUACUAUUAUUGUUCCUGGAAAUCGAAUUCCAGUAUGGUCCGAUUUCGAGUCCAGGGGUUCUUCAGUGCGAAUAAGUGUGCCUGGGGAUUUCUACUGGAACUAUUUCAGGGGGUUUGCUUUUUGGGCCGUUCUUGAAGUCAAUUAUGACCAUGACUCUCUAGCAAUCUCCAACAACGAUCCAACCAUGCAAAUGCAAUUCUGCCUUGAAUUUUAUUUGAUGCACAAAAACAAGAAGUUGAUUUCCGAUACUGGCAUUGUUCUCAAUAGAAGUUACGAGAUUAAAGGGGAUCAUGUGUGGUUGCGUUUUAUCCCAUCUUGUACACUCAAGUUGAUAAGGGGCUAA